ACAAAAGUCAUUGCUCAUUUAGUUUUACUCUGUAUCUAGUUUUAAAAGGAACACUUUGAAGGUAAUCGACUUAUGCGAUUUUGUGAAAACGUAUAAUGCAGAAGACGGGGUAAACAUUUGAUGCGCACUUUUCAUCGCAGUUUUCUAGUCAAUCUUACUAGAUCUUCCAUUAUUCUAAAAUUAACUCUAACUUCAAGUGUAUUCAGAUUUUCGGCUYUUUCUCGAGUGUUCAUGAUUCACCCUAAACACGAAAAGUCAUGUUUGAGUGUAUCUAGGGAAGUUUUGCUACUCAUUAUAUUUUCUUUUCUUAAUUGAAUAUUUUAGUACUUAAAACUCGCUAGCCAAAAGAUCGUGAGUGUACGUGUGUUGAUCAGUCCUGAAAGCGGAAUCGUCGUUGCAGUUUCACAUAAAAAUCAGCCACUAGCUUGAAGAGAACCAUCACUGUCCGCGGGUCACCUUCUUAUACUAUACCGAGGCCUAGCCAUAUAUAUCUCAGUAUAACUGAAGCAGCUGGCUCGAUAGUGAGAAAAAAAAAAGGGUUAUUCAAACGAAGACCUCUUGCAGCAAGCAAUCUUUGACUUUCUUAAGAAAAAUCCAUACGAAAAAGAAUUCAACCAUGGACAACUGGGUGAGUUUUAAUUUUACUAACUUCACCGAUGGAAUAUUGUGGUGGAAUGAGACUUACACUUACUUUUUGCCGGGAGAAAAAGAAGCGUUGUCCAUACGAGUCAUCAAGAUUGUAGCUUAYUGUCUUCUUUUCCUGGUUUCUCUGUUUGGAAACAUCUCCGUUAUACUAGCAGUUUCCAGAGACAACCGUUUGAAAAGCACGACGAAUAUCCUUGUGGCAAACAUGGCAGUCAGUGACAUUAUCCUCACCCUCUUGGAGAUUCCCAAAAAAAUCUCGAAUAUUAUCAGAGCACAUGAAAAGACAUGGCUUGUACAUGGUGGCUUAGGUCAAGCACUUUGUAAGCUUUUGCCGUAUCUUGCCGAUGUCUCCUUCGCUAUUUCUUUAUACAGUUGCAUUUUUAUUGCCAUCGAUCGGUAUUACGCCGUGGCCCAUCCAUUCAAGGGAGGCUUUAGCAGAUCGAGACUCAAGUAUAUUAUCCCAGGAAUAUGGCUCUUUACCGCUGUACUUUGUUCACCUUUUCUUUAUAGUUACAAACUGGUGAAAAUCAUGGAUGAAUUGUAUUGCUCAGAAGAAUGGUCCAAUGGAGAUGUAGCAACAAUGUUUAAGAUUCAUUUAAUCCUUUUCAUUGUUCUAACGACAUUUCUCCCUAUCCUUUUCGGCACAAUUCUCUACUUGCUCAUAGUUUACAAAAUUCGUAGGUACAAAGUCCCAGGAGUUUGCACAGAACAAUCGGAAAGAACGAGAAGAGAUCGACAGAACCAGAAUGUCUUGAGAAUGUCUGUAACAAUCAUUACUCUUCUCUCGGUUUGUUGGUUGUUCUUCGAAAUCUUGAACAUUUUGGAAACUUUUACAAAUGUGAUGAAUAAUCUUUCUCCAUCUGUCAGACAAACAUUACUUUUUAUUUCAAAUUUUUUUCUGUUAACAACAUGCACUCACCAGUUUUUUCUUUUUUUAAUUUUUGUUGAUAUUUACCGUCAAAAUUUCAAAAUGAUGCUUAAAAGUUGUGUUUGUGGAUGGCGUCGUUUUGUAAGGAUACAUCCUGCCCAGGUUGAUUCUACUAAUUCUACUGAACUAGUUUGAACGCGCGAGCUUGGCAAAUCAGCUAGUGUACCAAAAAAAAAUAAAAAAUUAAGCAUAUUGAAAGCUGUAAAAGUUAACAAUUUAACAAUUAGCAUCUGCUAUCAUAAGGAAAUGAACGGGUUUUUGAAGUUUGUUGGUACGGCUGCCAUUUUUCGUCAUGCCGUUUCUCCUCAACCGCCCCACAAAAACAUCAUGAAUAGUAUUUCUGAAGUACUUGUUGGAUACAAAUGUGUGGUAGCCUGAAGCCAGCAAGACAGUCUUGAAUUCUGUUUCUUCAUUCUUAUAAGGCUGCAAAAUAAAAAGGAACAAAAAAG